AUGAUGUUUAACCACAACCUCGUCUCCAAGGUUUUCGCCCCCAUGGCCGCCCUCCUGGCCUCAGUCACUGCCACGGAUGCCCCUCUCCCCAUGGCCACCGGCUUCUCCUCCUAUUGCGACCCAACCUCUAUCGGCUUCUACGACAGCGCGCAGACCCAGCUCACGGCCAUGUGUUCGGCUGCCGGCGGUGCCGGUGUCCUCUAUGAGUCCUAUCUCGAUCUGAACCUGUGCUUCGUCAACGUCAAGGGUUCUCUGUACCUCCGCAUGAACGGAGGCGCUCUGCACUCCUGCACCUGCGAGAUGGGCGACCAGAUCACCAGUUGCCAGUUCCACUGCGGCAUCACUCAGGCCGAGUGCUCUUGCCACAAUGGCCACGGCAACAUUGUCAACAACCCUUUCGAUUUUAAUUCCUACAUCGGCCUCGCUGACGACGGCGAGGGUCAUGUCGUGCUGAGCUGCCAGGACGCUGGCACCAUCGCGGUUGGCACGUUCACUCGCUGUGUCGAUUUGGGCGAUACUGUCGAUUGUCCUUGA